CUUUGAAAGAAACUCCGCCCUAACAAAGUUCGGUCCACUUUUAUUGUUUAAUUAGUUUAAAGUUCACGUGGCACAAGACGUGACGAUGCCCGUGCAAAGCGUACCGCUUCGAGAUGCGUCGAUUCACUAUCGUUUACUUCAUCAGUAUCUAUUUCUCCUGAAGAAAUAUCCCAUUCUGACUAAAUCUGUAACAAGUGGCAUCCUCUCAGCCUUGGGAAAUCUUCUUUCUCAGAUUUUGGAGGCGAGAAAAAAGGCCCAAAGUAAUGCUUCAGCCAAAGAGAUUGACACAGCUGGUGCUGCACGGUUUGCUAUUUAUGGUUUGUUCAUUACUGGACCAGUCAGUCAUUACUUUUACCAGUUGAUGGAGAUGUGGAUGCCAACUACAGAUCGAUACUGUGUCAUCAAACGUCUCUUAUUGGAUCGUCUUGUAUUUGCUCCCGGCUUCCUGAUGAUUUUCUACUUCGUGAUGAACAUACUGGAGGCAAAAGGGUCGGAUGACUUUUUAAAGAAGAUUAGAGGAAGUUACUGGACUGCUCUGAAGAUGAACUGGAAAGUUUGGACACCUUUCCAGUUCAUAAACAUCAAUUUUGUGCCUGUUGAGUUCCGAGUGCUAUUUGCCAACAUGAUCGCCUUAUUUUGGUAUGCUUACCUUGCAACGGUGAGAAAAUGAAACCUCCGAAGGUUUCAACUGGAAAAAAAAAAGAAUCUGGAGCAUGUCGGUAUGAUUGUGAAUGCCAGAAAACUGAGAUUCUACUGCCAGCUGUCCGACGGUUAACUGACGCGGACAAUCAUUAACACUUGACAAUGACUUUAACACUGUGAUCUAAUUUUGGAUACUUGACUGAUUAUGUAAGAGAACAUCAGAAUAAAUGCAGUUUCUAUUAUUAAUGAUAAUAAUCACUCUCAAAACAUAAUGGCUUUACCACUGAAAACACUGUAAAUAAAUAUUUAAAAGUUAAAAGAAUGUCAAACUCAAUUCACCUGGAAAAUGUUACAGUUCAUCUUAGGCUCACCCUGACCCUUCACCCUAAAGCCCAAUAUCCAAAUGUUUUGUGAUUAGUGAAUGUGUAAAAAUUAUCAUAAUAAUAAAA